AUGACGGUAGCACCACUGCGUAUCAUCAAAAAACAUACAAGCAGAGCUUCACCACCACAACUACCUCAACCAAUCCAUGAGAUGUUACAAGAUCUUUCAUUAAGCACGCAGAAAACAGAUGCAAAUACAUCACAUGAACUAACAUAUCGCCGAGUUAUUUAUGCCUUUUCUAUUGAACAAUCAGAUGCAAUGUAUUUAAAACUAGAGCCGGACCAAAUUAUUCAUGUACAUUUGCAGCACUUUAGUGGAUGGACUGAUGGGACAUUAAUUUCAACAAGUUCACGAGGCUGGUUUCCUCUAGAAUACACAGAACCGUACAUUUUAAUGGCAGUACGGCCAGUUAUUGCAGCAAGUCAAGGAUUAUAUGCACUGUUUUCUUCAUGUAAACAUGAAGAAUAUAUUAUUGGUAUAACCAGUUUAAUGUCUAGUGUACGAGAACUAUUAAUACGAACAAACUCUUUGGAAUAUAAUGCAAUGGUCGUCAAAAACAACUCUGCUAUAAGGCAAAAGCGUAAAAUACUACUUAAUGAACUCAAUAAACUAGCUGAUAUUGCAAAAAAUGCCUCAGAGCAACCGUCACUCUAUUCUGAAAAUAAGGAUCUUUCCAAUGAAUUGAUAUUCCGGCUAGAUCAUAUCGUUUUGUUAUCCAAACAGUUUGCACAUAUGAUUGGGCCAGAAAAAGAGGCAUGUGAUGAGCCACUAUUAUCACCAAUCCCUUCUUUCAGUAAUGAAUUUUUGGAACAUAUAUAUGCACAUCAUAAAAUUGCAUCUACUAUAUCUCCGUCAUUUGUUUCUCUCAAUAAGCAGACAAAUAAAAUCUACAACGAAGAAUUAAAUUCUCAAUUAUCCAAAACAUCACUACAUUCUCAAACAUAUUAUAAUCCAACAAGUGCAUUCCAAAAUUUAACUGUUGCAAAUGAUAAUUUUCUUUCGCAUCUUGCAUCAUUCAUUGGACGUCUUCACUUACAUUCUCAUACACCAAACCAGCUUCUUUUAGCAACUAAACAAUGUGUUUAUACAGCUCGUGAACUUCUUUCGGUUAUCGAACCUAUUUCUAUUAAACAUCCAGAUACACAAUUGUAUAUUGCAAAAGAAGAUUUUUAUACUAAGAUAACAUCUUUCGUAGCCGUUGUAAAAAAGGUAAUUACGGCUCAUUGCUCUACUUCGAACAAUAAAAGUGAAGAAAGUAUUAUCGAUAAAUCUGAAUGUAAACGACUAAUAGAUGCUGCUGCAAACAGUGUUCGUGGAGCCAGUCAAUGUAUUGCAAAAGCAAAAUUUAUACUUGAAACAAUAGGAGAUUUCAAUAUUUCUACAUUACUUUUUAAACAAAAAAAUUACCAUCAAUUAACACCAGCAUAUGGUCAUAUUUCAAAAAAUUUACAAACUACAAUUGAAAACAUUUCAUUUCAAGAAACACAGAAAUCCCAUGUUUUUCCUAUUUCACAGACUCCAAAACCAAUUUCAAACAUUUUCACAAAGGAGAAAAAAGAAACUGAAAAUAAACACUUAAUAUCACAUUCCAAAAAUAUCUCUCAAGAAUCCAUUAAUAAUGAAAGCAAUGAUUCUCACUUGAUUAGUAAUACUGAUAUGAAUAUUAAACCAUUAUCUAAUAAAUCUUUAGAAGAAAAUUCCGAAUCAUCUCAUGUAUUAUUUAUAAAACCACAUUCCGUGUUAUCUCAUAUAUCUCCAUUAUCUGCUUCAGAAUCUAGCGAAAAAACUGUACCAGAUAGCAAAUUGAAAGUUCAUGAUUUGCCUAGUGGAACAGCAUCUAGUUUUGCUAGUAGUGAAAGAUUUUCUAUAACAUCUAGUUAUGCAGAACAUGUAAGCUCUCCUGCAACUAGUCCUGAGCCUUUUGAAUUGGACAGUGCAUUUGGGAAUAAAGAAAAAAAUAAUGCUAAACAUAUUCUAUUAAAUCACGAGGGACAGGUUAUUGGUGCAACCUUGUAUUCCUUAAUAGAAAAAAUGACCAUGCAUGAUACCACUCCAGAUGCAAUUUUUGCGUCUACUUUUUACCUCACAUUCCGUCUUUUCACUACUCCUCGCGAUCUUGCUUUAGGUUUAUUAGAAAGAUUUCCUACUGAAAAACCAAUCGAUGCAGAUCAUAAUUGGGAUCAUUAUUAUGCAAUGCCUAUAAGAUUAAGAGUUUAUAAUGUAUUUAAAACUUGGAUAGACAAUUAUUGGCAUAAAAGUUCAGACGAAGAAGCACUUAAUAUUAUUAAAGAUUUUGCUUAUCAGCUUCGUAAAUAUCUUCCACAAGUAAGUACACGUUUUGAAGAAUUAGUUAAUAAGAUUUCAUCUAAAACUAUAUCGAAUACUUGUUCCACAAACACCUCAAAAAAAAUAUAUAACUUAUCUAAUAAAUCUGUAUAUUCGGAUAUUUUUAUACCACCUGUCAUUAUCUCAAAGAACUUACGUACGCAAUUAAGGACUGCCUCGUUCGAAGAUAAUCCAGAUUCUUUCAAUAUAAUGGAUUUUGAUCCUCUUGAGAUUGCUCGCCAGCUUACUCUAAAAGAAUCUAAAUUAUUUUGUUCAAUUUUACCAGAAGAACUAGUAAGAUUGGGGACGUCUCAGAAAACAAAUACAUCUACGACUGUUAAAGCAAUGGCUGCUUUAAGUACAGAUAUAACAGGAUGGGUUGCAGAAAGUAUCUUAUCUCAAAACGAUAUAAAGAAGCGUACUGCUGUAAUGAAACAGUGGAUAAAAAUAGGAAACAAAUGCCUGGAAUUAAAUAAUUAUAACACAUUAAUGGCAAUUGUUAGUGGUUUAAACUCUUCUACUAUUUCUCGCUUAAAAAAAACAUGGAAUACAUUGUCUACAAAAUCAAAAAAUAUUUUCGAUAAUCUUCGAUCGAUAACAGAUUGUUCACGUAAUUAUGCUAUCUAUAGGUCCCGUCUAAAAGAGAAUUUACCUCCAUGCUUACCGUUCCUUGGCUUAAUUCUAACAGAUAUUACAUUUAUUGAAGAAGGAAAUCCAUCUUACCGUUCUUUUAGAAAUUCUUCAUCUAUAACACACUCAAUUCAACUUAUUAACUAUGAUAAAUAUAUCAAGAUUUAUUCAAUAAUUUCUAAACUUCAACAGUUUCAAGAGCCAUAUAAACUUGAACUUGUAGAAGAAUUACAAACGUGGAUUGAAUCGCAAGUCUCACGUAUACGAAUGAAAGGCCAAAAUAACCUAACAGAACUUUGGAGAAGAUCUCUUGCUCUAGAACCAAAAACACAGUCUCAAUCUUCACAGGAAAAUGACCAAAUGAAAAAUGCAAAUAGUAGUAUAUUUACUGUUACAGAAAUAACUGAAGAUUCAGAUGCAAAAAGACAUUGUUAUAAUAAUAUGGAUUCUCUCAUUAAUUGGACAAUAAAUCCGAUAGUAUCAUAA